AUGCCGGAUAGCUUAACAUUUUCUUUCUCCGAGGCUUUUGAAACUUUUUUCCGGAAAAAGGAAAAUGUUUCAGUUAUUUAUCACUCCACGAACAAAUUAAGAAGCUUACGAAUCAAAUUCAAGGUUUCGAAACUUGCUAAUGCUAAUCCAGAACAUUUGAAAGGGAAAAUUAGGCUUCAUGGAAGUUAA